CCGGGACUCUCCGCCUUUCCGCGGCUCUCCGUUCCUAGCUCCGGCGAGAUGUUAUGGCCGAGCCGGCGCAGAAGGGCGGUGUAGGGCAGGGCGGGCGGCGGGAGGAUGAGGCGGCGGCGGCGGCCGCCCCCAGCUACGAGGACUACGAGUGCAAGAUCUGCUACAACUACUUCGACCUGGAGCGGCGGGCGCCCAAGCUGCUGGAGUGCCUGCACACCUUCUGCCAGGAGUGCCUGAGCCAGCUGCACCUGCGGGCCGCCCAGCAGCCCUCCAGCGAUGAGCCGACGCCGGGGCCCGGCCGCCCGGCCGGCGGCUCCCUGGCCUGCCCGCUCUGCCGCCACCGCACGGCGCUGCCCGACCACCGCGUCCACGGCCUCCCCGUCAACACCAAGCUGGCCGCCGCCUGCCCGCCGCAGCUGCGGGCCCGCGACCCGCUGCCUCAGGACAGCCUGCCGCCGCUGCCGCCCCGCCGCCCGCCCCGCGCCAGGGAGGCGGCGGCCGCCCUCGCCCCGCAGCCGCCCACCGCCGCCGGCAGGGCCGGGCCGCGCUCCUCGGGCGGGGGCUACGAGAGCUGCCAGAGCUGCAAGCGGGCAGCGCUGAGCGCCGGCUGCGUGUGCGUCGUCGUCUCCUUCCUCUCCAUGGUGGUGCUGCUUUUCACCGGCCUCAUCUUCGUCAACCAGUACGGUGGCGACGCCGGGCCCGGCGCCUCGGCCUCGCCGUCGCCGGUGGGGCCCAUCUGCCUGUCGGUGGCCAGCAUCCUCGCCCUUUUCUCCGUCGUCGUCACAUGGCUCAUCUGCUGGCUCAAGUACCGGCCCGAGGCGGCAGCGGCGACCGGCGGGGCGACAGCCAACGGCACCCCGCGGGGUCGGGCGGCGGCCGCCCGCAGGAGCGACACGUAGCACCGGCGGAGCGGAGCGGGGCCGGGCGGCGGCGGGCGCUGAGGGGCAGAGCUGGGCUGGGCCAGCAGAGCGGAGCGGGCUGUAAGGGGAGCCGCGGGCCGCUGCGAGGGAGAGCGCGGCCGGGCGGCCCUGUGUGGGCAGGAGCGGUCGGGCCGCAGCCCUGCUCGCAGGUACCGCUUGUCGGAUUGGUGUUAGCCUGGACACGGGCCAGGUCAGGGCUGUCCUGGGUGUAACGGGCCUGCCCGGGGCAGCCCGGGCACGGUGACACGGUGGGUUCCGGAGCCAGGCCAGCCCCGCGGCUCUGGCACAGUCCCAGGUGGUGGGGAUGGUCUGGAGGGAGGGCAGGACGCGUCUCUAGCAAAGAUGUCUCGAAGGGCCUCCCCGGGGAGCUGGGGCUCCGAGGCUGGGGGCCCGCUCCUCCCCACCUCGGUUGGGAGCGCACCGAAGUUUGGGUGCUCCCUGGUGCAGAAGGACACGAUCUCGAUUAAAAGAAAACUGGCUUACUGUUGCCCCCACCUGGAAGAUAAUUGGAGAGAUUCGCUGUGAUUAGGAGCAGAACAGGAUCACGAUGUUAAAUGCGUUUUGUGUUUUCCCUUUUGUGAAGUUAACAAGUACGUACAGAAGAAGCUGUAACAGAAAUGUAUUAUCUUAAGGAGACUGAGCCAAAGUUUCCCUACAAUGUACUGAGUACGGUUUUGUUAUAAUUUUAUUAGAAGGCCAUCGGGCCCUCUGCUGGUUGCUUAAAAUAAGCUUUAUUAUUUAAUUCUUUGAAAUUCUCAUUUAAUGUGGGAGACUGAAACAGUACAUUGCACAUUUAAAACAAUUUAUGGAAGAUGAUUUAAUUAAUGGAGCUCUAAAAUAGAGCGAAGAGACUCCUGUGGUAGAGAGUAAUGUUUCACUGGCCACUGAUUCCAAUUUUUGCACAGUGAGAGAAGCCCACAUUAAAAUAUGGACUUUCAUCAUCACUGUAGAAGUGGAGUGCGGUAGCAUAAUUUGUGUAUUGGACAUUUACCUUCGAGGUAGCUGUAAUAAGACGGUGUUUUUCCCUCUUGGUAAGUUUCUGUUCUGUGUUAUGAGUUUCUGUGAAGGCCGACAGAAAAUGCUUCUGUCCUGUGAGGCUGGAACAUCAGAGAUGUUUUUGAAAUGUGGCGAGAUGCUCAUAAUCCAAAAUGGAAACACGUUGCCCAGCAGCUGGUCUUGUAGUCUAUUAAGGAGAGGACUCUAUAUAGAUACUGUUCUGUGUUGCAGGAUAAUUCAUUUGGUGCCUGAAUUUUUUUAACUUAAUUAGUUGUUAUAAUCUACUCUAUUGGGAAUAAGGUACUGCUGCUUAUUCCGUGUUUCGACACAGUACUGUAAUGGAAUGAGGUAAUUAUUUUCGUGCUUAACAAUUCAAGAAUUUUACAAGUGAUCUUUUAGUAUGUGUAUUUUGCAAGCUGUCUGCAUGACACUCUUGACGCGUAUCCUCUUAAUAGACCUUUACUUGACCACUUCUAUUUGUCACAAGUGCAAAGGAAUUUACUAUGUAGAAACGUAAAGACGGCAGGUGAAGCUGUGUGAUGUGUUUCAUGACUGCACAAGUGACAUGUGCUGUGCAUUGUCUUGGUUAUCACAAAUCUGUGGAAAACAACCCCCUGGCACCCGAAAGCCCCCACCAGCCCAAGUGGUAUUUGUACAGACUGUUGCAAUGGAUGCAGUUUGUGGGAACGGUUUAAGAUUUUUGUGUCACUUACGUCUAUUUAAAAAGAUCCACACCAGCCUUUUAAAAUUGUAUAUCAAAACUUAAAGGCCCUGAGGAGAUAAAUUACUGGGUUCAACUGUGGCUCUGACUGUGGUUCAUGUAUUUAGACCAGUGUUUUCCAACUUAGAGUUGCUCGUUAGCCAUGUAAAAGGUGUAUGCCUCCUAAAAUCAGGCCUGAUCAUUAGCCCCUGUUGAUUCAGCAGUUGUAGUUGUGGAUGUUCCUGCACCAAAGAAAAUCACGAGACUUUUAUUUAAACAUCUAAAUGAGAAUUUAGCAUGGUUGACUUCAGGUUAAAAACCUUUGAAAUUUGGCCUUAACCUCUCUGUUCUUCAGUUAAUGCAUCUGUGAAGUUUGAUAAUAGCAUUGACCUACCUCACAGGCAAGAUGUGAGGCUUUAUUUAUUAAAGUUUUUAAGCAAUUGGAGAUCCUUGAAGAGGAGGUGCUAUAGAAGUGAAGUAUUAUUAUAAUGAUGCUGUUAGUAAGAAUACAUACAUGUAAAUUAAUGGACAUAAACAGCAGAAAUGUUUUCUGAGAAAAAUAAAUCUAUAAAAUAUGUACAUGUGUACAUCAUAUGCACCAA